AGAGCGCUUCCUGUUCAGUGACUAAGCGGCUGCUCAGCGAGGAAGGCAGGAAUGAUGGAGGUCCCUUCGCUGCUCCGGAGCCCGAUCCCCUUCUGGGCCGGAGGUCCUGCUCCGGGGGAGCUUUACUCGCCCUCCGUCCCGGCAACCGGAGCCCAGGCAGCAGGAACCUCCAGGACUCUGAGCCCCAUGGUGACGGGGACCUCCGUCCUGGGGCUGAAGUUUGACGGCGGGGUGAUCAUCGCUGCCGACAUGCUGGGCUCCUACGGGUCCCUGGCCCGCUUCCGGAACAUCUCCAGGAUCAUGAAGGUGAACGACAGCACCGUCCUGGGGGCCUCCGGAGACUACGCCGACUUCCAGUAUCUCAAGCAAGUCGUCGAACAGAUGGUGAUCGAUGAGGAGCUCUUGGGAGACGGCCACAGCUACAGCCCCAAGGCCAUCCACUCCUGGUUGACGCGUGCCAUGUACAACCGCCGGUCCAAGAUGAACCCUCUCUGGAACACCGUGGUCAUUGGCGGCUAUGCCAACGGAGAAGGGUUCCUAGGUUAUGUCGACAUGCUUGGUGUGGCGUACGAAGCUCCUUCGCUCGCGACUGGGUAUGGGUCCUAUGUGGCGCAGCCUCUAAUGAGAGACGCCCUGGAGAAGAAGCCCAGCCUGUCUCAGCAAGAGGCCCGGGCCCUCAUCGAGCGUUGCAUGAAAAUCCUCUACUACAGAGAUGCUCGCUCCUUCAAUAGAUACGAGAUCACAGUCGUUACGGAAAAAGGCGUGGAAGUGGAAGGCCCUCUCUCCUUGGAGACCAACUGGGACAUAGCGCACCUGGUCAGUGGCUUUGAAUGAAUCUGGAAAACAUGCCAGCUGUUUUCUAUGGAGAUAAAAUUCCCCGUCCUGCUAGCAACUGUUUGGUGUUCAAGAAUUAACACAACUUCAAAUAUUUGUUUUUUGUAAACACAAAUAAAACAAGAGAUUCUUGCCUGUUUAUGAACA